AGAAAAAGAAGAAGAGGGGUGGGGGUUGAACCCUGGAGACGCUGGGGGUGAAAGGCUGCCGAGGGAGAGAAAAGUUUUGGAUGGGAUUAUGUGGAAACUACCCCGCUCUUCUCGGCUGCUCGAGCAGGAUCAGUGCUGCUGCUGCUGCUGCUGCUUUCUCGCCAGCGCUGCAGGCUUCGCGGGCUGGUGGAGGUGGUGAAAAGGACGCCUCGGGGAGGACUUGAUCUCUCGGCAAGUGCCUGGCUUGCGUUGUGUGCCUGCGAAGAGCUUCAACCCCCCCAGCCUGCCAAAUGCUCCUCUUCGGGUUCUUCUUGCUGACAUCUGCCCUGGUCAGCCCAAGACAGGGAGCCCAAGGCGAGUCGAACCUCAGCAGCAAGUUCCAGUUCUCCAGCGCCAAGGAGCAAAACGGAGUACAAGAACCACAACAUGAGAAGAUUAUUACAGUGUCUGCUAAUGGAAGUAUUCACAGCCCAAAGUUCCCAUAUACUUAUCCCCGUAACACAGUACUGGUGUGGCGAUUAGUAGCAGUUGAGGAGAAUGUGUUGAUACAGCUCACUUUUGAUGAAAGGUUUGGGCUUGAGGACCCAGAAGAUGACAUAUGCAAAUAUGAUUUUGUAGAAGUUGAAGAGCCCAGCGAUGGCACUAUUUUAGGACGGUGGUGUGGCUCCACUACUGUUCCAGGAAAGCAGAUUUCCAAAGGAAACCAGAUAAGAAUACGAUUCGUUUCUGAUGAAUAUUUUCCUUCUGAACCUGGAUUCUGUAUCCAUUAUACUCUCCUCGUACCAACAGAAUCUGCCAGCCCAACAAUAUUACCACCUUCAGCUUUACCAUUAGAGUUGCUAAACAAUGCUGUUGCUGGAUUUAGUACUGUGGAGGAACUUAUCAAGUACCUUGAACCAGACAGAUGGCAAUUAGAUUUGGAAGACCUGUACAGACCAACCUGGCAAGUCCUUGGAAAAGCAUACAUUCAUGGAAGAAAAUCUAGAGUUGUAGAUCUGAAUCUUCUGAAGGAGGAGGUACGAAUGUACAGCUGUACUCCACGCAACUUCUCAGUGUCACUACGGGAAGAGCUGAAGCGAACAGACACCAUCUUUUGGCCACUUUGUCUGCUGGUUAAACGUUGCGGUGGAAACUGUGGCUGCUGUCAGCAUGCUUGCAGUGAGUGCCAGUGUGUCCCUACCAAGGUUACCAAAAAAUACCAUGAGGUCCUGCAGCUGAAGCCCAGAAGCGGCGUGAAAGGAUUGCAUAAAUCUUUGACGGAUGUACCUUUGGACCAUCAUGAGGAGUGUGACUGUGUAUGUAAAGGGAAUACAGAAGGAUAAAAGGAACUUGGUGUGCUUCUUUUACAGCACGUUCACUCAGUGGCUGAUUCUCUUCUGGGGCUUGUGCAUUAAUCUCCUUCUGUAAUCUCAGUUGUCUGCUUUGAGAAUCUUCAGUGUUCAGGACUGACAGUUCUGGGGGAGAAAAAGAAAGAAGAAAUCAAACUGAGAUGUAUGCAAUGUAACAGCAGUUACUUGAAGGCCCACUACUAAGGAUGAACAGAAGGCUUCAAUGAGGGAUUUCUCUCCCACCUCAAUUCUAUACCUAUGUCUAUAGCUAUAUUUAUAUCUAUAUAGAGAUAUAGAUAUAUAGAUAUAAUAUCAUCUCUCUUACUCAUAUUGAAUUUAAAACGUUUAAGUUUUAGAAGUAUAGGGAAAGACAGUGCUUAGGCAAGGCCUGGACUCUCCUGGUGGUCUUGCUUCCGCAAGUCUCUUACUUCUGGCUUACAGUUCAGAACAUCUGGAAUCUCUCUUAACUCGGCUAAGCAACUCCUGUACAUUUCAAAUCAAAGUGUUAAUUGUCCUACAGACUGUCUUACUCUGAGUUAAACUCAAUUUUUAACUGAUGCAAGUCGAAAUGACUGGACACAUUCUCUUGGUUUCUUCCAGUAAAGUGUCUGUUGUUUAGAAAACUUGAAUGGUCAGUAUAUGUGAGAAAAGAGGAAAGGGUCAGAAACCAAGAAGUGCCUUUAUCCUUCUCACUAUGACCUGCAAGUAUUGCGUUUGUUUAUAUUUUUUUAUUGUGUACAUUUUUAUACUCUUUUUGACAGCAUAACUAUUUGCUUUUCUAAUCUUGUUAAAUAUAUCUAUUUUUUGCCAAAGGUAUUUAAUAUUCUUUUUUAUUAUUAUUGCAACCUAGAUAAAUUGCUUUUUCGUUUUGUAAGACUUUGGAAUCAGAGUUACAGAAAGGGGGAAGGAAGAUAGAAUUCUGUUUCUGCAAAGCAAGGAGCUAAAAGGUGCAUUUGCACGUAAAAAGAUAAAUAAGACAGGUUAGUCUGAAUUUACAGAUGUGUGUUACUAGCUCCAUAAUGCUGGGAUAAAAAGAGUAAAUAUAAUAGCUGUUAAAACUUUCUUCAUCAUAACCUAGUGCCUCAAUCCAAAUAAGGAGGUAUGUGCACAGAAACAAGGUUGCACAUACAUACAUACAUACCACAUGUUGCAUCAGGGAGAAGUGGCAUAAUUCUGAUAAACAUCAUAAGGCAGAUGUUCCCUGUCCAUACUGCAUUAUUUUCAAUGUAUUGGAUAUUUGUGUGCAUUUGAAUGCGCAUUCCCAACCACGUUCUGAUGCAAUAAUUUAUGCAUAAAUAUCCUUUUUACAUGUACUAGUGAUGGAUCACGAUGUAGGUUUCUUCAAAACAGUCAUAAAUCCAAAACUGAGAGGCCCUAAACAGAUGUAUUCAGAGUGAUGUCCAGUUCAAUGGGACUUCACUUACUUCUUAGUAAACACUUCACUGUUAAAUUAGAAGGUGAAAGAUCUUGGCAAGAGCACCACCACUGCUGACAUUUCAGUGUGUUCUUGCAUCCAUAAUAAAAUGGGGUCAUGAACAAGUCGCACAUAUUUAUUGCUGCAGGUGUAAGGGUUUUUUAUGUUACGAAUGCCAGUUAUUUCCUUGUAAAGGGCAGUGGGCUUCCAAUAUCUUAAUGAUGUAAAGUACAGUUUUGAUAAAAUGUGGUUUUGCUGAUGUACAGUCUUUAUGUAAACCAGCACAUUUAUCCCAUCCUUUGCCCAACUAGGAAAAAGCAGUAAAAUAUUUUGCUUUUAAAAUGCUU